AGACACGAGGAGAAAGAGGACUUAAAAUCAUCGACGGGUUGGAUAUAAGGGCGGUAUAACCACAGAGAAGGCCAGACAUGACAUUGGAAAGGGGCACGUCAGCAGGGAUGAAGCGGGGCGAUAUGUCGCUGCAUCCUCUGGACUCUUCAGCUGCCCUCGAGCCAGAGCUGCUGUGCAUCUUUGGAACGGGCGACUUGGGCCGAUCUCUGGGCCAACGUCUGCUCCAGUCUGGCUACAGGGUUGUGUACGGCAGCCGCAGACCAAACAGCUGUGGCCCUUUGCCUCAGGGAGCUCAGGUGAUGACCCACCAAGAGGCGGCCCAAUCUGCAAAUCUGAUAUUCAUCUGCGUUCAUAGGGAACAUUAUGAAUUCCUGGGGACGCUGGCGCCUCAUCUUGAAAGAAAGGUUCUGGUGGACCUCAGCAACAACCUGAAGAAAAACUUGUACCCAGAAGCCAACGCCGCCUACUUGCAGAGGCUGGUCCCGAAGGCUGCUGUGGUGAAAGGCCUGAACACGCUGUCUGCCUGGGCCCUGCAGAACGGACUGCUGGCAGGAAAACAGGUGUACCUGUGCGGGAACGAUGAGGAAGCAAAGCACGCAGUCGCAGAAAUGGCUACCAAACUGGGCCUUACAGUUCUGGAUCGAGGGUCUCUAUCUGCAGCCAGAGAGAUUGAGGACUUCCCCCUGCGACUCUUCCCAGAGUGGAGGCUGCCGCUGUGCAUAGCGGUCGGCCUCACUGCCUUCUUCUUCUUCUACCUGCUCAUUAGAGAUGUCAUCUACGCAUACGUUGAAAACGGUGAUGAAAUCUCCUACAGAAUCAUGGUGUCCCUGGCCAACAAGGUGUUUCCAAUCGUGUCUCUCAUCAUGCUGUCUCUCUGCUACCUGCCUGGUUGUAUUGCCGCCUUCCUCCAGCUCUACAGAGGGACCAAGUACAGGCGCUUCCCUGACUGGCUAGACCGCUGGAUGCUGUGCAGGAAGCAGAUGGGUCUUGUUGCGCUAGGCUUUGCUUUUCUCCAUGCCAUCUACACAUUUAUCAUUCCUAUUCGCUAUGCUGUCAGGCACAAACUCAUCUCGCGUGUGGUGGAUGAGUUGAAGAAUCAAACUACCCCGUUUUACUUUGAUAACACCGAAGCGUGGGGCACAGAUUCAUUCUACGCACUGGGAAUCCUGGGCUUCUUCCUCUAUGUCCUGCUAGGACUGACAUCGCUGCCCUCUGUGGGAGGCUCCCUCAGCUGGAGAGAGUUCAGCUUCAUUCAGUCUAAGCUGGGCUACCUGACUCUCUUCAUUUGCACGGCACACGGCUACAUUUACGGCUGGGACAAAUUCCUUAGUCGAGCUACCUACAAGUGGUACACUCCUCCAGCGUUUAUGCUCUGUCUCAUUGUACCGUCUGUGGUUCUGGUGCUCAAGUUUAUCAUCAUCAUUCCCUGCGUUGACCGCACUCUGAUGCGCAUUCGGCAGGGCUGGGAGAGGACCCCGCCAAGGAGGGAGACGGAUGACGUCAAAUUCACCAACCUGUGAACUCUGACCUUUGGAAAUCAUCUGAUAAUUGGGUGUUUCUUUCACAUUUUCUUCGGAAGGAAACAAAAAAAUACUGCCCUACUUGCAACUAAAGUAUUAAAUUAAAUGUGCUAAUUUGUAAGUAGGUGAAAGGAUUUACAAUAUUGAAUGCUUUGCACAAAGUAUUUUAGGAGAGAAGCUUUAAUUCUCUAAAGAAGCAAUGUUUCCAAAAAACUAAUUUAGUCCAGUUUGUGUGUGACUCUCAAUUGUGCAAUAGCCAAGCAAAACAAGAAGCUAUGGUUUAUUUCAGCCAAGUGGACAGGUCUCUGUGGAUAUAAAUAUUUUUAAUGUCUACUUUCUUUGAGCAUUGAAAGAAAGAAAGAAUGGGGGAAAAAGCAGAUUUCAUGUUUGUGUUGCAUCUUUUCCACCGAACGUGGUGAAAAAUAGAUUGAUAUUCCCUGCUGAAAUGCAUUGUUUUGAUAAACACAGGCACUAGUUUUUCAGUUUUCCGCUCUCGUUUUCCCUUCAAGUGGUGCAAUUGCAUCCCCGAGGUUGCUCUCUUUUCAGGAUGCUAUUGAUCUCGCCGUUUUCUGACACAAAUACCUCACUACCCAAACCUGCCUUGCCUCUCAAGGGCAUGCCAACGUGCACGCCGAGGCACACACGCUUGCAUAUGCACACAUGCAACGUAAAGGAGAGCAAGGUUAAGCUAAUUAUGCUUUCCACAUGCAGCGUUAAUACAUGCAGUGACAAGUGUGAAGGUGGAUGACGGAUUGUGCAGCCAAAAGCAGACUCGAGAGGCAGAACAAGUGUCAUGAAAAGUGCUAUUGCAGUGUUAGUCAGUAGCAAAUUUGCAGAGCUGAAGCAAGAAAUAGUAUUAAACCAUGCAAGCUGCCUCUAAUAUAUGUGUGGACCAAUGCGGAGCAGCUUAAUAGAAAGAUCAGGCCUGACUUGAUCACAUGGUAAACAGAGGUAGUGAAAAGGUGCAGAAUACAGCAACCUGUUGUAACAUUUAAUAGCUGGAUAUGCAUUGCAGAUACUCUUAAUUCAAUCGUUUCUAGUGAAAAUAAACAAUUCUGCUGCAAAUAUCCCCAAUAUGAACUGUGGCUAUCUGGAGCUAUUCCACAAAAACAUCUUUCUGGUAUCAUUCCAGUUAAAUUUUUAAGUCACCUUUUAUACUGAUAAUGUCAUGCGAGAGGCGAUGAAGUGCACAAACUUGGAGGGACAGAGAGUAGCAACAGCUGGAGGAAAAGAGUUUAAAUAUGUCUCCAAAAUGGAUGUUGACAUUCUUCUAUUGCUGUUCUGUGUAAUAUUCUUCUUUUUCAAUCAUGAAAAUGUUCAAAAUCUGUCAUAAGGUGAAAAAUAAACAUACUUCAAACAUGAAA